AUGGCCGUAACCGCCAAGGUGCUGCGCGCCAUCGUGCGCAACGACGCCAUGCGCGCCGACCCGGACGAAAUCUACGGAUGGCGCGUCUUCGCCCUCGUCUUCUCCGCCUGCUUCGGCGGCAUGCUCUUCGGCUGGGACACGGGCUCCAUCGGCGGCAUCCUCAACAUGCCCGACUUCCAGGAGCGCUUCAACUACGCCGACAGCUCCAGCACCGCAAAGAACAACAUGAGCCAGAACAUCGUGUCCACGCUCCAGGCCGGGUGCUUCGCCGCCUGCUUCGUCACCAGCUGGCUCACCGACCGCUACGGCCGCCGCGCCACGCUCAUCGGCUCCGGCAUGCUCACCAUCAUCGGCAUCAUCUUCCAGGCUUCCUCUUCGGCCAAGGGAACGCUGGCCGUCAUGUACGUUGGAAGGUUCAUUGCCGGUCUGGGCAUUGGUGCUGCUUCUGCCUUGACGCCGUUGUACGUCUCUGAGUGUGCUCCUCGUGCCAUCCGUGGUGGCUUGACAGCUUUUUACCAACUCUUCAACGUCUUUGGAAUCAUGGUAGCUUUCUGGGUCAACUACGGGUGCUUGCUACACGUCAAGGCCCCUGCAAUCUACAUUGUUCCACUUACUCUUCAAGCUCUCCCUGCCGUCUUCAUGAUGUUUGGCAUGUUCGCUUCUCCUGAGAGUCCGCGAUGGUGUGCUAGACGAGACGACUGGGAUCAAGCCACCAAGAUCCUCGUCCGCCUCCGAGGACUGCCUGCCGACUCAGAGUACGUCCAGCACGAGAUCCAGGAAAUGGCCGACCAGCUCGAUCACGAGAGACGGCUGACGGGAGACGCCACCUUCAAGACGCUCCUCAAGGAGAUGUGGACGAUUCCAGGCAACCGAAACCGUGCCGUUAUCUCCAUCCUGCUCAUGAUCUUCCAGCAAAUGACCGGUGUCAACGCCAUC